GCCCUUGCUGUCUAAUUGAGCAGGUGUUCUGGCGCUCUGGGCCCUAAUCACGCAUGUGAUGUAUGUGCAGGAUUACUGGAGGACCUGGUUAAAAGGGCUGAGGUUCUUCCUCUUCAUCGGGAUCCUCUUCUCAACUCUCUCCGUGGUGGGAUUCUGCACAUUCCUUGUCCUGGCCAUCACCAAGCACCAGUCCCUGACUGACCCCAGAAGCUACUACCUGUCGUCCGUCUGGAGUUUCAUCUCCUUGAAAUGGGCCUUCCUGCUCGGUCUGUACGCUCACCGCUACCGCAACGAGUUCGCAGACAUCAGUAUCCUCAGUGACUUCUAAGGCUGGGACUUCCCUCCUGGCUGAAGGUGCUGGAUGUUUGAGUUGCCCCCCCUUCCCCCCCCGAAGUGGUGGAACACGCAGGAGAUGUCCAUGAGGUGGAGAAGGAACCCACCCAGCGCUGCUUGGUUUGUCUGUCCGCACUAGGGGGUUUUCCUAAUUGCUUUUACUCAACCAUUUAAAGUUUGGCUAACGAUGUCAGUCUAGUCUCUCUGUACCUUCCCCGGGGAGCCCUGUGUCUGGCAGCGAGGUGAGAAACUCACACAUGGCAGACCCAGAUCCACUCUUUGUGCUGCCCUGAGGCCCGGGGGUAGCUCUAGGGUGGGGAGGGGGCAAGUCCUGGCCCCCCCAGGAGCUGUAGGUUUGUGCCUCGUGGAUGCAGCACCCCAGGUCUCGUCCUCAGCGUGCCACCAGCUUGGGUAGCAAAGACCACUGCUGGGUGAACAUCAGCUCCUUUCCUAUUGCUCUGCUCCUCAGAGGAAGGGAGCAAUGAGCCUUUUUUCACAACAGGAGUCCCUCUGUGCCUCCCCCGUGUCUCGCCGUGUUCUCUUUUCACACUUUGGGCACAAAGUCAGCUCUCUCCCGUGGUCUGAUGAGCCCCAGGGGCAGCAGAGGACACCGGCCACCUCCGGGCUCUGUCGGAGGUGGAGAAUGCUGGUUCUGGCUGCCACCCAGGAUUGUUUUAAACAGGGACUUCAAUACCAUAUUUAACACUUAAAUUUGUAGCUUGUAGUUCGGGCGAAAGGUGUGCUGGGCAAGGGCUUACCUACCCCAACCUCUGGAGAAACAGGAAUAUGAUUCUCCUAAAAACAAAAUAACCUUUUUUGUAGGUAGUGCUGUUUCCUUCUCUUUGCUCAGCUCCCCUGCGACAGGGAUGAGAGAGGGAAGGAGACAUGGAGCUCAAAAUAAAAAGGAAGGGACCCGGAGUCAGCUUCCAGCAGCCUGUGUGGGGAGUGUCACCGGGAUAACGGGGCUGUAGGUCAGUUGUUGGGCUCUGGGGCAGGGAAUUUGAGGUGAGGGGUCUGUGCUUGGGGGUUGCUGCACUGGGAGCAAAGUCUUUGCUCUAUGUGUCCUCUGUGCAGGGCACUAAAACUUGGGUGGAUUUAGUGGGCUCCGUAAUCCCAGUGCUCUGCUCCCUGCCAGCAGCAGCCCUGAGAAGCUUGAAACCUUCAAGCUUAAGCCUUCAAACGUUCCCAUCUGUCUGUGUUCCUCAGCCCAGCCUCAGACCAGGCUUUGGGCUGCUGCUCUGGCACAGGCUGGUGUUUAGUCCCAUUGGGCAGAUGGUGUUGGCUGCCAUGGGCUGGAAAUGGCAACUUGUGUGGUUAAUUCUGUGGGCGGGUGAGAAGAGAGGCAGGAGGAGCCCCUUUCCCUUGCAGAGCGAUGGAAGAUGAAGGAGUCUCCCAGACACUUGUCCCACCACAUCCCCAGGUGCUGCAGGAGCCAUCUGAAGUGCCCUCUUGGCAGUUUGUGUGGGACGGGACCUGCUGAGGGGUCUGUGCCCGAGGGAGGUGUGAGGGGAAGGUCCUGUGUGCUCUAUUGUCAGCCCAGCUUUUCCCUCACACCACAUCAAUCCCCCAGACUGGUUUUGUUGAGCCAUCUGCUGGGACACACCUGGGACUGUCCCUUCUCUUACCUUCUCCUGGAGGUGAUCUCUGACCUCGCUGUUUGAGUCCCUCCCCGCGCUCAAAGGCUCCAUCUGCACCUUUGCUGGUUUUACUUGGAGAGAGGAGUGUUCAGGCACACAGGGAUUCAUUGGAGGGAAUUUGGGGAGUGUGUGACACCACCUGGUGAUGGCAUUCCUUGGGGAGGAGGAUCCUGGAGUGAUUUCAGUGGAUUGAGGAACACCUUUGGGUCAGUUUGGAAACUGAGGCCGUAGCCAGCUUUUGCCCGGGGACCUGCUGGAGUCGUUGAACCCAGACAAAGGCUGCCAAGGCCAAAUGUGCUUAUUUAUCAGAUUAACUCUCAGGCUUUUAACUACUAAAAUCUCCCCCGUGGCUGAUGCCAGGCUGGGGAUGGUGGAGCUCGUCUCGCCUCUGCCCGGAGCCGGGGCACCCACUGGGGUUUUUGCACCAGUGAUUUCAAUAACUCAUCUCUCCUUUGGAGUUUCCCCACCAAAAUACUCCCCACACAUCCGUGGGGAGCCCCAGUAACCGGGUUGGGGUGUGCUGGGGAGGCUGAAAUCCCAGCACUGGUCAGACUGGUGGAGCCCUGCCUCUGUCUCACAGCAAAACAUCAUCCCUCUCUGUCCCUAAACCAGAGCCCUCCCCUCUGCACCCGCUGGCACCUCGCAGCCGCACGUCAGAGGCUCCUUCCUGGUGUCCAAAAAUCCUCUCAGCUCCUCUCACCCCGCGGAUUUUUAAAGUUUUAUUUUUGUGACUGUAAAAUUUGCCUACAAAAAAAAAAAAAAACAGCUCACGGAAUCUAACCCCCGGUUUUCUCCCCGACAUGUUUUAGCUCUGGAAUUUAUACUCGCAUCUCGGCUUUUUAAAAGAUGGCGUCUGUAAAUAUAUAAUAUAUUUUUACAUUGUUUAUGCUUGGUUUGCACGCUUGGUGUCAGGUUUGGUCCUGCGGUGGGACGAUGCCGUUCGCAGUGGGGUUCAUUUGUGCGUAUCCCAGUGUCUCCUUGUACUAAACCUCACAAUAACUUGUGUGUGACACACGGAAAGAGCAGAAAUACAGUCGUCUUUCUCACCAA